AUGAUGGCUACUGAUGCAAGAUCUGAAACGGCUGCGGGAAUGAAUGGCAUUGCAUCUAAUGAGGAAGAAUUUAGCACAACAAUUGUAGCUGCAAUCUGCCAAUAUUCUAAUCCGGCUGCCCCUAGUGAAUUGGAGAUGGGUAUUACACUUGCUGCCGAUGGAAGGGGUACUAAGACUGAUAAAGUUACUGGACAAACAAUUAUUACUUAUAAAAAUUAUGUGAAACUGUAUACACUGUCAAACCAACUUGUAGUUGGUUUUGCUGGCCGCACUGGCCCUGCAACAUGUCUCCUUCAAGGCAUGCAUGGGGCUGGAAUUCAAACAGUUUCAGCUCCAAGGGCUUGGUUGGCGACCGAGUUAGCAACAAAUAUUGAUCCAACAAGUCCCUCUUUUAAGAAAGUUAGAAUACUUUUAGCAGGGUUUACCAAUUCUGUUGCUGAUGUUUUUUGGGUGGAGUACAAUGGAAUUUCUCACUCUAUAACAGCUCUUACUAAAAACAUCGGAGCUGUUGGGGCGAUAGGGGAUGGAAAGAUACCUGUGGAGGUGGCAGCAAUUGGUAAGUUUGAUACUGAGAUAUCCCACGCAGAAGCUUGUUACAUGGUAAUGGAUGCAUGUUUCUAUACAACUAAAAAUGAUAAGCUUACAGGAGGCUACGCAACAGGUGUGUGUCUUGGAUCGAAUACCGCUUUGUUCACCUUUAAAUCGCUACAAAUGGUGGAUUACAUGCCUCAAAGGAACAUUCAAGGGAAUCUAAAGUUGCCUGACGGAAACAACCUCACUCAAUCUCCGAAAUUUCUUGAUCCUAGGUUCAUAGUUCCUUAUCUUUGA